AUGUGUGAGUUUCUUCCACAAGAGGUAGUGGAGGAAAUCCUCCAUCGUUUACCAGUCAAAAGCAUUGGUAAAUGCAUGUCAGUGUGCAAAUCAUGGAAUAUUAUGAUAAAAAGUCAUUCCUUUAUAUUCUCACACCUCUCUAGACCCUCCCUUCCUCUCUUCCAUGUCUCUGAUUUGUCCCUCUCAGAUCUUGAUCUUUGUACGGUGCAUUAUUCUCUUUACUCCCCAAAAAGAAUUAGAGUAUUCUUAUCUGUUGCUCCUAAUAGUAACGAACAUGUUUCGUUCAUAGGCUCCUCCAACGGCCUCGUUUGUCUGUCUGUGUCCUACAUUUACUAUAAUAUCAGCCUAUGGAACCCUGUCACACGUAAACACCUCCAACUCCCAAACCCACCUAAUCCACCAUAUUAUUAUGAUAGUUUAACGUUCUCUUACGGAUUUGGAUUUGAUUCCAAGAACAAUGAUUUUAAGGUUGUGCGACUCUAUUAUCCCGAAGGAAGAUUCAGUUAUCCUCCUAAGGUUGAGUUAUAUUCCCUCAAUGAAGGUGCAUGGAGGGACAUUAAUGCCUCACACAUCAAAUUAACUGUCAAAAAACUUCAUCAACACUCAUUUCUUAAUGGGAACGUGCAUUGGCUUGCCACGCGCGGGACUGAUCCUUUUCCGCGGCGUAAUGAUUGCAUAUUGAUGUUCGAUAUGGUGGAGGAGAAGUUCAACACUAUGGAGCUUCCGGAGCAGCUGAAUAAUACUAUGAAUGCUAUGCCUUAUGGAAUUUGUUACAACAUUACUGUGAUUGAUGGUUGUUUUCUCUCUUAUACAGAAAAGUUUUGCACGCUAUGGGGAGUGAGCACAAGGAGUGAGAUUUUAGUGUUCCCAUCAAAAACAUAUGAUGGACUGCGUUCCUUUGAUCUCAAGAGCCAAGAGAUUAGGGAUAUUGGGAUCAAACUUAAAAUAACAGAUGUAUGUUCUAGUGAUUUCAAGCCAAGCAUGGUUUUACUAGACAAAGAUAGCUAUGAUGGUCAUUCGGUGAGGGUCCGAGAUAAUGAAUCGUCUGCAAGGUGCAAGUGUUGGGGGCCAAACAGCAAGUUGAAAGAUGUUCAACAUGUCAGCGGCAGAGGGACUUUGCAGAGAGCUUGGUUUUACUUGACAAAGAAAGCAAUGUCGCUGUGUCAUUGUGAGGCCAAGAGGAUGAAUCGCCUUGAAGGUGGAAGUUGA